AUGGAUUUAAAACUUGCGGGUGAAAAGAGGCUCCUUCAACUAAAUGAGUUAGAGGAAUUCAGACUUGAUGCUUAUGAGAAUGCCCAAAUUUACAAGGAAAAGACUAAGAAAUGGCAUGACAAGCACAUUCUCAAGAGGGAGUUUGUUUCUGGUGAUAAAGUCCUUUUGUUCAACUCAAGGUUGAUUGUUUCUGGUGAUAAAGUCCUUUUGUUCAACUCAAGGUUGAAAUUAUUCCCAGGGAAGUUAAGGUCUAGAUGGUCGGGACCUUAUGAAGUUGUUCAUGCAUAUCCAUCUGGAGCUGUGGUGAUUCGAGGAAAAAAUGGAGAUUUCACCGCAAAUGGCCAAAGAUUGAAACAUUACCAUGAUGACACUAAGAUUGAGGCUAAAGUGGCAAUUAGCCUUUGUUCCCCAACCUACACCUGA